CACUUAGCGGGAGUUGUAGCUGUGAAAUCAAGCGUCCAUAUAGCGGAGACAACCGGCGUUGGAUAAUAAGGGCAACCAUGUCUGACAGAAAAGCAGUCAUAAAAAAUGCCGACAUGUCAGAGGAGAUGCAGCAGGAUGCAGUGGAGUGCGCCACGCAGGCUCUGGAGAAGUACAACAUCGAGAAAGACAUCGCCGCAUACAUCAAGAAGGAGUUUGACAAGAAGUACAACCCCACCUGGCAUUGCAUUGUAGGGAGGAACUUUGGCAGCUACGUGACCCAUGAGACCAAGCAUUUCAUCUACUUCUACUUGGGCCAGGUGGCCAUCCUGCUCUUCAAGUCUGGCUGAGGAGCCAGCCGCCCCAGCCCCUUUAACAUCAACUGACCAUUAAAUAUUGACUGACUCGACAGAAAGGCUCUAUCAUUCCUGGUCAACAGGAACCGCCUUUCUGUGCUGCUUUCUACCAUUUUGUUCCUUUGUUUAAAGAAAAUACCUGGCCAUGUGAGAGAAAUUAAACACUUGUAUUUAUGUUUUCUAUUGCAGUAGAUUGUCACUAAUUUGAUUUUAAAUAAAAGCGAUAUCAUUUGGCUUUCUGGGUUUACCUGUUGUAGUUCAUUUUAGCUACUUGUGUUCACUUACUAUAAAGCAUCUUGAGGUCCAUCAUCCAAAUGUAUUGAAUGACAGCACUGAUUGUGAGGGGAACAGGUUUCUCCUGAUAACCAGAAACUACAAUGUGUGGGACCAGGAUUUAAAUAUAUUCUCAUCCCACUUGAAUAUUAAUUACAUUAGCCCAAGUAAAUAUUGGUGAUAAUCGUCCAUAAAAUAAUUCAUACAUUGCCACAACUUUAGAUGGCAUGAGUCAAUUAUAGCUAGAACAGCACACAGGACUUGUGGGCAGUGGUGAAAUGUACCCAGCUGUCAUACUUGAGUAAAAAUAAAGAUGCCUUAAUAG